ACCUGAACCCAACCUGGCCGCCCACCGGGAGGGGCGGACGCUUUUUGGAGCCCGCCCUAGGGGAGGGAAAGGGAAUUUGAAAGAGGAAUCUACCCGCUCUGCAGCUGCGGCUCCUCUCGGGAGUGCCUAAACUGGGAUGAAAUUCUGAUAGGAGGUCUUUCUGCUGGCCCUUCGGAUUAGCCUGGUGAACUGAAGAAGAAAUUUUAAGUCGUGGAGAGUAUAUUGGAAGAGAGAAGAUGAGCUGGGCGUUCCUGACGAGAUUGCUGGAGGCUGUGACCCAGCACUCCACUCUGGUGGGGAAGCUCUGGCUCUCCGUGCUGGUCGUUUUCCGACUAGUGCUCCUGGCCGUGGGUGGGGAGGCCAUUUACCGGGACGAGCUCAGUGGAUUCGUGUGUAACACUCGGCAGCCUGGAUGCCAAAACGUCUGCUACGACACCUUCGCACCCCUCUCGCAUGUGCGCUUCUGGGUAUUCCAGAUCAUUCUCGUCACCGCGCCCACCGUGUUCUAUUUGGGCUAUGCCGUGCACCAUCUGUCCCGGCGCCAGAUGACCCAGAAGCAAGAGAAGGAAGAGGAGGAAGGCGAGAAGGAGCCUAUGAUCAAAGAGAAGAAGCCUCAGAUGUCCCCUGACGAUGGGGCCCAUGACGGUCGCAGGAGGAUCCGCAGGGAUGGGCUCCUAGGGGCCUAUGUUGCGCAGUUGCUGGUGCGGACUGCCUUAGAGGUGGCCUUCCUAGCGGGCCAGUAUCUGCUCUUUGGCCUGAAAGUGCCUCCCGACUAUGACUGCAAGCAGAAUCCUUGCCCUCAUGUCGUCGUCUGCUAUAUAUCUCGUCCCACGGAGAAGACCAUCUUCCUGCUGGUCAUGUAUGCAGUCAGUGGCCUCUGCCUCCUGCUCAAUCUGAUCGAGUUGCUGCACCUGGGCCUGGGGAGCGUGAAAAAUGGUGGAAGCCGCCCUGACCCAGCGCCCCAUUCCAAGAGUCUCAAGCUGGAGCUGCAGCAAAUGCAGAAACAACUGCACCUGGUCCAGAAGCAAAUGGACAUGGGACUGCAUCUGGGCACACCUUUGGUCACAGUGCCUACCUGUUCAGGGCAGCCUCCCACCUACAAUCUCUCUACUCAGCAAAAUCGGCACAACCAAGCCCAGAAAGAGACCUGGCUCUCCAAGACAGAGCUGUGACCUGCAAUCUUCAACUGAAGUUGGAUUUCCACACAUGAUGAGAAAUGAAUCCAGAGGAUUAAGGGCCUGAGAAUCUCCACGCAUAAAACCUUUAUAUUCUAAAGUAUUUUUGUACGUAUGCAUACACAUCAGCAUAUAUACAUAUGUGUGUAUAUAUCUGUGCAUAGAUAUAGGUACAUAUACACAUACAUGUAUAUAUAUAUAUAUUGAGGCCUUGGUGACCUAUCCCUCAAUCUUCCUUAUAAUUCUCCUUAGAGAUCAUUCCCUCUAUCCCAACUCUGUCCCACCCCUAGAACACUGAAGUUAUUGGAUAAUGAACCUGGAAACUUGAAACUUGGAUACUUGAAACAUUGAUCAUCUCAGGGACUUACCUUCCAAGCAUGGUGCUAUUUGGCAUUGAAGCCUGAAAACUUUAUAUGCCAAUAAAGGCUUAUUUUUUUGUCUGUCCACA